GAAACUGAAACUGUCAGCUGACUACCGACUUUCCCAUCGAAUAAUCAACGAGUGGAAUUCAUUACCUCAGCACGUGGUUGAGGCUCCAUCCGUCGACUCCUUCAAAAGAAAGUUAGAUCAGCUGAGAGACCAUCAUUGCCAGGACUAACACAGGCCAUCAAGCCUCCUGUCCUUUCCAAACUGAAACUGAAACUGAAGACUGAGGGAAUUUUGCAUUUUACGUUAGUUUUAGAGUACUUAUUAUGAUAAAUGAUGGGUCGUUCUCACUCUCGCUACAGCUCUUCAAGUUCAUCAAAUGAAAAGCAUAAAACUUAUCACACAAAACCCCACGGUCGUUCACAUCGUAAGAAAGUUAAAAAGAGAUCAGUUAAUCGAAAUGCAUCGAACAGUCGUCAAAAAGAUAAAAUACUCAAUCUUACUCAAAAAGUAUGCAAUAUGGUUGAUGCUGAUAAGAAGCGUAAUCGUUCUGAAAAGCAUAAGAAUAAAUUGGCAUCUUGUGGAUGUCCAUACAAUUGCGAAGACGAGAUCCUGGCCUUACGUAACAGUAUUGAAAAUCUUCGUUCCGGUUUAAGUCUUUGUCACAAAGAAAGGCCAAUUUUUCAGCUCGAUCACUUUAUUGACGAUCAUUAUCAGCUUCUUUCUGAAGCUUGGAUUUCUAUCGGUCCUUCUAAGCUCAAAGAUCUGGUGUCUGCUAAUUUACUGUCAAUAUGUGCCCGACGAGAACGUAGGGAUAUGAAACAUUCAUCUGAUAAAAACUCCAAGGUUUCAUGUAUUGUCCAACCCUAUGUAUCUUUUGAUGGAAGUGAUUACCAACUUGGGAUUUCGGAGUUGUGGCAUAGAUGUAUUCAGGAGCUGAAUGAUUUGUCAAUCGAUCAAAUAAAAGCCAUUCUAAGUGGAACAGUAAACCUUGAUCCGGUUGAAUUGGUUCGUAAUCCCGGUAACAAAAGUGAGAUUGCCAACUCCGAAAAAGAUAACUGCUCUCAUUCUCCUAAACCAAAUUCAGUAUGUAAAAUGACUUCUGAAAUGCAAUUUCACGAUGCUGAUUCAACUACCGCCUUGUGUUCAGUACUUGAAAAUCAAUUUGAUAUCCAAAAAGCCACUGAUCAUGGGAUUAUUAGCGAUAAACUUCAUACAAAUUCAGAAUCAUUUACAAAAUCCUGGUCUUGUACAAGUCCCAAAGAUGUUAGAACGGAGGAAAAACAUUCAACUGGAGAAACUUGUCAUAUAUCAGAUUCAAAGGAUUUAGUAGAUUUAGUUCAUCAAGAAAUUACAGAACUUGAAAUGAGAGCACGAGCUAUUCGUGCAAUGCUUAAAACUAAAUCGGAUCAACUUAAACUAUAGAUAUUUUUGUAAAUUUUCGUUCCUAAAGCAUAAAUGUCAGCUAUCAUCUGGCUAGUUAGUCAUGUUCGACUUGUUACUCAUGAUUCUAUUCAAUGAUAUGAGAUUAUGUACAUUAAUAAAAUUUUAAUAAAUGUAUAUUACAUUGUUUAUUGAUAAGA